UUAAUCUGCUUUCUCAACUCCCUCUGCUUGCAUGUGUUCUGUUUUGGUACAAAAUUGUUUUAUGUACUCAUGUGUUUUCAGUGAAUUUGAUUGAUUCUUAAUAAUGGCUCCUAAAUUACGUGAUUUGAUAAUAACGUAUAAUAACCUUGCUAAUCCCGAUGGGUCCGCUUUGUUUUGUCAGGGUAACACGAUUGUCCAAGCUUAUGUUUUUGGUCCAGUAGAUGUUUCUAAUUCCAAGGAGCGAUCCGAAAAAGCAUCUCUAUUUGUUACUUUUAAACCAAAAAACUCAUGCAACAAACAUGAGAUUCGAAAGGAACUGUAUGAGAACUAUAUCCGAACUGUUCUGGAAACAAUCAUUCAUCUCGAUAUGCAUCCUCGAACCAGUAUAUCAGUAAUUUUACAAGAAAUGCAAGAUGAUGGUUGUUUGUUAUCUGCUGCUGUUAACAGCGCUUGUUGUGCAUUACUUGAUGCUGGUAUUCCUAUGAAGUGCAUGAUAGCCUCAGUUACCAGUUGUAUUUCAGUUGAUGCAAUUCAAUUGGAUCCAAAUAAAGAAGCAUCUCAAAAGUCAGAUGGAUCCAUAGUCUUAACAUUCGAAAGCUCAAAAAAUGGCAUUAUUUCAGUAACUAGCGAAGGAGAAUUAACUUUUGAUAAUAUUAAAGAAGCCAUUAAACUAGGUUGUUUAGCAUCCAAAGAAAUUUAUGAUUUUUAUCAUAAAUCAAUGAAGAAAAGAUUUUUGAUUAAUUCAUGAAGAAUAAAAAAACAUCUUGAAGGUUUAAAGACCUAUUUACGUUCGAGAUACAAAAAUUUGCAUACUUUAAUAAAAUUUUCCAUCAAGAAUUA